AUGUCUGGUGGACACAAACAUCGUUAUAAGAAUGUGGGGUUGAGUGUGGAUGAACUGCGACGUCGCAGAGAAGAAGAAGGUGUGCAACUACGGAAACAAAAAAGAGAACAACAGUUAUUUAAACGGAGAAAUGUCAACCUGCCAGCACCUGACGCACCAGAUAUUGCUCAGCAGGAUGAAAUCAACAUAUCACCUUCGGAUGAUAUCUCUCCGGCAAUGGUGGCAGCUCUCUAUGGCGAUAACCCUCAAGAACAAAUUAUGGCAACACAAAAAUUCCGAAAAUUGUUAAGUCAAGAGCCUAAUCCACCAAUAGACGAAGUGAUACGGACUGGAAUAGUUCCUAAAUUUGUUGAAUUUCUUACGAAUAGUUCUAAUCCAACAUUACAGUUUGAAGCAGCAUGGGCUCUCACAAAUAUAGCUUCAGGGUCAUCGGAACAAACGCGUGUGGUAGUAGAGUGUGGCGCUGUAUCUGUGCUGGUGGGGCUUGUGGGGAGCGUCAGCAGCGAUGACGUACGCGAGCAGGCCGUGUGGGCGCUGGGCAAUGUCGCCGGAGACUCUCCGCGUUGUCGCGACACCGUUCUCGCUGCGGGGAUUUUACCCCCCCUGCUAGAGAUAUUAAAUAAGUAUACAAGGUUAUCUAUGACUAAGAAUGCUGUUUGGACUCUUUCAAAUUUAUGUAGAGGCAAAAAUCCUCCAACUAACUUUGAAGCUGUUGCACCAGGAAUUCCAGUCUUAGCGCGAUUGUUACACCACACUGAUGCGGAUGUGUUGAGCGACGCUUGUUGGGCGCUUUCUUAUUUGUCGGACGGACCUAACGAGAAGAUUCAAGCUGUUAUCGAUGCUGGAGUUUGUAGGCGACUUGUCGAGUUACUGAUGCACAAUAAGUCCACGGUGGUGUCGGCGGCCCUGCGCGCGGUCGGCAACAUCGUGACGGGCAACGACCAGCAGACGCAGGCGGUGCUGAACUGCAACCCGCUGCCCAACCUGCAUACGCUGCUGCGGACCGGCACCGCCGGCCUGUGCAAGGAGGCCUGCUGGACAUUGUCCAACAUCACAGCCGGGAACGCCGCACAGAUUCAGGCUGUAAUUGAUGCCAACAUAUUCCCAGCUCUUAUUGAGAUUUUAGGACAAGCUGAAUUUAAGACGAGGAAAGAAGCGGCGUGGGCGAUUACUAAUGCGACUAGCGGAGGCACUCACACACAAAUUAAGUAUUUAGUGGAUCAAGGUUGUAUACCACCCCUAUGUGACUUAUUAACAUUAACGGACGCCAAGACAGUUCAAGUGGCUCUCAAUGGGAUAGACAAUAUAUUAAAAGCAGGACAACAAUCUGACCAACGUGAUAACCCCUAUGCAGUAUUGAUUGAAGAAUGCUUUGGCUUGGAUAAAAUCGAAUUCCUCCAGUCCCACGAAAACCUGGACAUCUAUCAAAAAUCAUUCGAGAUUAUCGAAAAUUACUUUGGAUCUGAAGAGGAAGACGGUAGACUCGCUCCUACAGUAUCCUCUACUACAAACCAAUAUCAGUUUAAUACCGACCAGUCGGUCCCUAUGGGUGGCUUCCAAUUCUAA